AUGUGCCACAUAACUGUCUUACUUGCUCCUCUCCUCAUCUGCUACGAUGUCUUCUUGAACCCGCGCCAGCAGAGUCAGAAGGUCUUUUUGCUGUCGCAUUCGCCGAUUCAGGAUGUCGCUGUCAUUGGAGUUCCGGAUAUCAAAAUGGCGGGAGAUGAGCUCCCCCAUGCGUAUGUGGUCGCUAAUCAGAGAAAGAUCACAUCAGAUGCCAUCAAAAGUAUUGUUAAAGAUAACCUCGCGUCGCAUAAGCAAUUGAGGCGCGGCGUAAUUGCGCCGGGUGGCUGCACUGGAAAUCAAGGCAAAGCUAUAAUGGUGGGACUUGCAGUGGUAUCGUAUAUCAUGUAG